UUAUUUUAAGUUUUAAAAAUAUUAUAAAUGAAGCUACUGGUAAACGCAUUAUAAUGUAUUACUUUUGCAGGUUUCUAGAUACUAAAAUUAUGCAGUUAAAAAUAUAAUGAGGUUGCAACAAUAAUAAUGAUAUUAUAUUAGCAACAAUGGGCAGAAGGAAUGUGGUGAAAGUUGAUUAUAGUAAAUUUGACAGUGCAAAUGGGAAUUCUGAUGAAGAUGAUGAUUUCCAAGAAGGCACUCCACCUCAAAAAACAAAAGCUAAAAAAUUACAAAAAGAUUUAAAAAAGUCAGAAGCAUUAAAAGAAACAAAGAGAAAAACAAGGACAUCUAAUGCUGAUUUGUUAUACCAAAAUGAUAUCAUCACUGCAAUUAAAGUUUCGGUUGGUGAGAAAACUGACAAAAAUAAAAAUACAACAAAAAGAAAGAAAACUUAUGUCAUUUCAGAUGAAGAAGAUGAUAUUCCAGACACGCUUCCAGUCGAAGAAAAAUUAAAAAAGCCAAAAAAAGACGAAGAGAAAGAUACUAAUAAAGACGAAGAAGAAAAAGAUGUCUAUGAAGAAGAAGAGGAGAAAGAUGAUAUUCUAACAACAUCAGGAAAUUUAGUUGUUUCACGUUUGCAAGAUGUUAAAGUUGAAUUAGAAGAUAAUAAUGAUUUGAUGUCAACUAAACAAGGUUUAAAUAGAAAAAGUAAGAAAGUCACAGGGAAAAGUUUAAAUGAUCUUCAGCCUAAGAAAGAAACUUCUGUGAAACCAUCAGUACCAUCAAUAUCAGUACCUGUCACCAAUUCAUCUUAUUCUUACACAGAUAAAGUGCAAAUAUCCGGACGUAAAGUGCAAAUAUCCGGACGGCUUCGUAUUGGGCUAUCAAGAAAUUUAAGGGUAACUAAACCUCUUCACCCAGGUGUAAAUCCAAACGUUUAGAAAUUUAAAAAGAAACUCAAAUAGUAUUUUUUA